AUGGCCACAACCCCAACGAUUCACCCAAACCCGCCCCAGCGUUCCGACUCCGAUGUCUCUCCCAGAACAGUCAACCCUCCCAAGAACUCGGCAUCAGAAGACGCAAAGACCGAUUACUUCCCAGAUUCCAACACAGCCGAUGGGUCCAAUACUAGUGUCCGGGCCAGCGACGGUGACGAUUCAUCUGCUCGGAAGUCAAGCAUAUCCUUCGCACAAGAUCCUCGACGCAGCUCAAGCUGUGAAAGCAACCAAAACCCAGCACCAGGCCAGGACUCGUCGAUCCAAAGGAAAUCUUCCACUGGCUCUGUCUCUUUUCGUAGAAUGACAAACCCUCAACUUCCCCAAGGAAAUCCUCAACAGAUGAGCAACAGUCGCAUCCGUGCGAGCUCACCGAACCACUCAAGGACAAUGGCGACGCUAACCGAGACCCCGCCCGAUAGAUUCAAGAAGCAUGUCGCAUUUGACAAUGUUACAGCCGGCGAACCGACUAAGAAUAAUGCUAUCUCAUUUACGCUCAAUGUUCGACAUAAGGGUUACCAGGCUAGGCGUAGGUCGCGAUGUUUCAUGGUUGGGGUUGACGAGCAUACCUACUCCGAUUAUGCGUUGCAGUGGCUGCUCGACGAACUGGUUGAUGAUGGCGACGACGUUGUUUGCGUGCGAGUAGUCGAAAAAGAACUGCGUCUUACGGACAAGCAGUACAGGGAAGAAGCAGACUCGGUUAUGAAGGGAAUCGUUGCUCGGAAUGGUAAUAACAGAGCCAUCAACAUUGUCCUUGAAUAUGCCGUGGGCAAGUUACACACGACUUUUCAACACCUAAUCCAAAUGUACCAGCCUGCAAUGCUCAUUGUGGGAACUAGAGGACGCACCCUUGGUGGUCUUCAAGGCCUGGUCAACACCCGCAACUCAUUUUCCAAAUACUGUCUCCAAUAUUCACCUGUCCCAGUGGUUGUGGUUCGACCUACCGAGAAACGCAUUAAGAAGAAGGCCAAACGUGCCAAUGACUCUGCCCGACAGACCUACGUGAGCAUGUUGGCUGCAAAUGCCGGGAAACAUGAGGCCGAUAGUGAGGCAAGUAGCAUUUAUGAGCUGGAGGUCCACAACUCGCCCGAUGAAGAAGCGCACCAAGUCGCACGUGCUUUAGGACUGCCUGCAUCUUUCGAUCCUACGAUUAAGCCCCUCAACCAUAGCCAAAUAUCGAGCCGCAGAUCCCCCGACCCUACUGCUACUGCGGGCCCUGUCAAUGAGUCGUCGGAGAACCAGAGAGUUGUCAAAGACGAUGUCAGUGUCGCCGCUGAGAGCGAUGACGAUGAUGACGACGACGACGACUCUGGAGAGUUUGAAGUUGCGAGCGGGCAGCAACUAUUGGACAGGCAGAAGAUGGAUCAGCUUCAUAAGAUGGAGGUCGGUGAAGCAGCAGCGUUCAAGAUGAAGAUGAAGGGCAAGCAGAAACAAGGAACAGACGAGAACAAUGAUAAGAAUAGCACGGGAGUCGAAGUUGCCGGAAGCCACGACAAAUCCUUUCAGGAGAAUAACCAGCAUCCUCAAGUUGCUCAGCCAGAUUUAGAAGAAAAAGGAGGACUCUCAUCUCUGGAAGAAGAGGGCGACACGACCGAACUGCAACAUCUGGAUGAUUUACAAAAGCGCACGGCCGGCUCCAACAUAGGGGUUCACUCAUCGCGAGGAGCUUGUCCAACCUUCGAAAAGCCGGAUGCCGUUUCGAAGACUCUCCAGGUACCUUCAGGUGGCCAGAUUCGUACGUCGUCCGCAGGAGACGAAGGAUCAGGUACCCUUGUCGAUUCCUCAUCUAUGGAGAUGUCUACGUGGUCGAAUGUCACGGCACCUCGACGAGAGGUCCAAGAUAACGGCGCCGAUGGUGAUGGCGACGGCGAUGGCGAUGGUAAUGGGGAUGGUAAUGGCGAUGGUAAUGGGGAUGGUGAUGGCGGUGGUGAGGGCGGUGGUGGUGGUGACGGUGCUAGUAGCAACAAUAACGACAACGAAGAGAAUGAUAAUGCACCACCUAAUGAGGCAGAUGCGAGGCCUCGUCCCAGCAGAAUUCAAAGAAUGUGGCCCUUUACUCGCUGCGGCGAAGACGCCUGCGAAAUCCAACCCCGCCCUGUCACACUCGCCUCGUCCAUCGCCGCCCUCCCGUUCCUCCUCAUCUGCAUCUCGACAUCAAUCCUCGUCGUUCGACAUGUCUUUCCCCGCCUGAGCAGCGAUGCCGAUUCUCGCGACGGCGAAGAUCACGUUCUACCUACACAUGCACCAGCGUGUCUGCGACAAGCCCACGCUGAACAUGGUGCCAAGAGCUGGAGACGGCGCGGCGCAGCCUGGACGUUUGGUCUUACUGUGGGAUUGGCCGCUACCUUGGGCGCGCUAAUCAUGGACGAAAUCAUCGAAGUUGUUAACGCCGACUCGAGAAAUUUGGCUUUGAGAAUAACGGUGCCAAGCUUGCUGUUCUUGCUGGUCGUGUUGGUACCUUGGCUGGAGUGUCGAUCGGUUGUUUCGAGUGCUGGAUGGAGUUUUCAGAGGACUGCCAAGGGAAAACUUCCUCGAGUCGCCUGGGGAUUACAAAUUUCUCUGUUUGUGGGAUGGUUGUUCGCCUUCUGGUCCGUUGGCCAGGCUGUUCCCGAGGGAGCGAUGCGCAGGACGAGCAUUGCGAGUGGAAGCCUGUCCGAGAUGUUGACACGCGGAUGCCUGGAACGUAUUGGUGUCGUUGGUAUUUCACUUAUGGCUCUACUGUCUGGCUUCGCUGCUGUUUCCUCACCGUGGCAGGCAUUCAUGGAUCUUACAGCCCGUCGCAAACGACCCGUUUCAGAUGCUGACGUAGCGAGAAAGCAAGCUGGGCUGGAUGCUGCCAACGAAAUGCUUCUCACCAAGCGUCAUCGCUUGCAAUAUCUCGAACGCAAGACAUCUGGUCCUCAGAUUGGCGCCUCUGCCAAGGGUAGUGGCCUUGUUGGCAAAGUCAUAGGUUCUCUACGUGGUCCAACUGGUGAUGAGGCAGAGAUGCGAUCGCUGCGCUUGGAAAUUGCUGGUCUCGAGACGAUGGAAGCCAACCUGGCUUCGGGAGUUUCUCUCCUCAAGAGCCACCGGGCUGCCACAGUUCGCGCUUCAACAUCCAUUGGACGAAUUCUUCUCAUUCCCUCGCAACUCUUCAGCCUGUACUGUGUGUAUCGCAUUGGCGCAACUACAAUCACAACUAUUCGCCGAGCAUAUUCACCCACGUCAAGUUUCGCCAACACGGAUCCCAUCAACCGCUUUCUUAGUAUCCUUGCGCGCCAUUGGGAUCCCAAGUUGGAUCAAUUAGCAUGGGCACGCCUUAUCAGCUUUGCCCUCAGCGGCGUCAUCCUCCUCGCCAGCGCCAACAGUGUGGUCCAGACGUUUCACCUGUUUGCUAAAUGGACCCCAGGGCUGCUCCGUCAAGCACAAGCGAAUCUGGCGCUGGUCGUCGGACAGAUUGCUGCGACCUAUGUCAUCUCUGCUUCACUUCUCCUCCGCAGUCAAUUGCCGUCUGCCUUGGGCUCGGCAGUUGGGAGCGUGUUGCGAGGUGCCUUGAGUCCCGCAUUUGUGGAUGGUUGGUUUGAGGGCUGGUUCCUAGUAGGCAGCCUCAUAACAGCCAUUGGUAUCUGGAUAGGCAGAAAACUCGGAGGCGAUGACGAGUGGGAUGAGUACGGCAUGGAAGAGAUGGGCGCCAAAAUGUCGUAG